UAAUUUUUUUUAUUAUCAGGUUUGUUUUAUUAAUUUCUUCUUUAACUUAAAUCAUUUUAAGGCACAUAAUUUAUAUAUUCAUAUGGGCAUAACGAAGUAAAUUACAACAUAAUAUAUUAUUUUUAAGUACCGAGUAAUCUAUCGAAAAAUAUUUUAUAAACAUGUAGGGUUUUAUUCAUUUUGAUAAUUCGACACCCUGUGAUAUUUGCGUAGGCAUUGUCAAAUAUAAGCUGUGUUUAAGAAGCAUUGUUCUACUGCCAUAACUUAAUAACAAAUUGUACGUGUCUUUUAUGUUUACUCGUUUAAAUACUCUACCAAAUUAGAAAAAUGUUAAAAUAUAUUACAUUGUUAGUAACUUUAUGUGUUUGCAGCAUAUUUGCUGAGUUCACAACGCAGGACUGCCGAGAACUUGGGUUUAACAAAGCCCAAUUAAUGUGUUCAUCCUGUGAAAAAUUAAAUGAUUUCGGCUUGGAUUCGAUAAAGUCACAUUGCAAGGAGUGUUGUACGCCUGAUAAACAGCCGGCUGCACAGCGUCGUUGGCCAAAAGCUAUACUCGAAGUAUGCACAUGCAAAUUCCGUGCUUAUCCACAAAUUGAAGCGUUCAUAAAGAGUGGUAGACCGGCGAAAUAUUCGAAUUUACAAAUUAAAUACAUGCGUGGCCUUGAUCCGAUAGUGAAAUUACUAGACGCUCGCGGUAAUGUGCAGGAGACAUUAUCCAUUACAAAAUGGAAUACAGACACCGUCGAUGAGUUCUUCGAUACACAUUUGGAAAAACCAGCUGUAAAAAAUAGCGGCAAAUCUGCUUAUAGCGUAGUGGAAGAGGAAGAUAGUGAAGAUUACCUUGAAACAAAUCGAAUUUAGUGAUCAAUGGUAAUAUAGCAUAUUUAGCAAAUUAAUCAAAUUCGUUUGUGUAUUAGCUAAGUUAAAUGUGUUUAUUCUAAUAGUUUAGUGAAAUUACAAUAAUAUCUUCCUGUUUGUACUAAACUCAACAUUAAAUAGAGCAUUGCAUAGGUUAUAGGUUUGUACAAUGCAAUAGAGGCGCCACAUAAAUGGCUACAGUAGCAGCAGUGUCAAUAGAUUAUGAAAAACUUUGUUGUGUUUUUUGAAAAAUUAAUAUGAUUUUAAUGCUGGAUUUUAUUCGUAAAACUACCUCAAUUUUGGUGUUUUCAAUAUUAAGUGUCAAGUUUUUCAAAUCGAAGAGAUCCUUGUACUAUAUAUAAAAUCAAUUGUAAGCUAUUUUAAUUGUAGAUAUAUUUCUUUUCCUUUUCAAAUAUUGUACAGAGCUUUUAAAAUAAAUUGGGUACCAAAAUUAUGAAACUUUUUUGUUUGUUUCAGGUAUUUUUGAAUUGUCAUAAAAAAAAAAUUAAAAAAAUAAAGAAAGUCAAAAAUUUCAAAAACUAGCGGCUAUUGAAGAAAAUUAUCAAAUAAUUGGCACGUGACCAUACCCACGAUUUCAACCCUCCUAGCAAUCUGAAACUAAAAAAAAGAAUUAUUAAUCUUGUAUAAUGUAGCAAUGUCUGGAACUACGGAAAAGUUAUGGAAAAAAAUAUCACUAAAUGGCGACUGCCUUCAAAAAAAUUUUUACCAAUGUUUUGACUGUUUCGAUAUUUAAUAAAAAAAUUAAAAAUAACAAAGAUUUAAAUGUGGGAAUAUGGCUAGCUCCGGACAUAGAAAAGUCUAUAAAGAAGACUCUAAAAAUCAGUUUCAGGUUAAUGGGGACAGUAGUAGUUUCGAAGAAGACAGUUUUGAGAAAAAACGCGCUUAGUUUUAAGUAAAAACUAAACUAGCCAAGUUGAACGACACUAAACUGGCUAUCCUUUAGAAAAUAAGUAUUUAAAAAAUAUCUUUAAAGAGAUAUUUUUUAAUAUCAAAACUGUCCAAAUAUAUAAGAAUUUUUUUUUAGAUAUUUUAAAAUUUCUAGACUAGAAUACGGCUUUCAUAAAUAAAAGAAAAUAGGUAGAUUCUGUAUUGAAUUAUGACAUUAAUUGACGUAUCCCAUACUUACAUUCAUAUAUACACGUAAGAAAUUGCUUAUAUUCAGCACAUAAAUAUAUAUAUGUUUUUUUUUUUUUUUUUGAGAAAUCUUACAAUCGAGAGAGGCGCGGCUGUUCAAGGGAAGUGAUAACAAUGGCUGGUGUUUUUAUAUAUGCAUUUGUUCAAUAUACAGUCUAUUAAUUUGUUUACUAAAUUGCUAAUAAGAUCUUAAACAAAUAUAUAUACAUACGUAAGCGCUUUCAUUAGGGUGGUUACAAAUACUUUCAAACACAGAAUGAUGUAAAUAAUUUUGGUAUGAGCGAAGAGCUGUCACUUUAGUAGUUAUUCUCGACAAAUAUGCAUCACUUGUAAGAGGUAGUUAUACAAUUUAGCAGCAUAAGCAUUUAACAUUAUUUCCAUUUUAACGGUAUUGCUUUUCGAACCUUGUCUGGUGAAUUUUUUUUAUUACUAACCUAAUGUACGUGCAUUUACAUAUUAAUUUUUGUCAUCUCACUCACAACAUGCGAUCUAAAAACAGUAAAUCUAUCAGUUCUUAUCAGGCUUUAGGCUUUUUGAAAGGAGGCAGGCCUUGUUUUGUGCCGUUGCACCCCACAUGGCUACGCCAAAUGCAUACGGUUCAUUUGAUUUGCGUGGAACAAUAAAAUCUGCUGAUUUUGUGCUACUAACUUGACACAUGUUUGUUGUUUUUGUGAUAAUUGUGCCCCCCAUGGGAGAAAUAUGA